UGUCAUGAGAGAAACACAAGGACUGAACAGUUGACACUGAGAAUCUUGUGCCGUUUUAUCAGUGUUUGUGAUUUGGAAACGGAUGGCCCGCCUGAUUUGCCUGAUUGUGCUGACAACAGCCGUCACCGCACAGGUGACUGCUCGCUGCCCUUCAGUAUGUGAGUGUCCUGCUGAGCCACUUGUUUGCCCUCCAGGGGUUAGCCGUGUUCCUGACGGAUGUGGGUGUUGCAAAGUUUGUGCUGCUCAACUCAACCAAGACUGCAGUCUAAUGAAGCCCUGCGACCAUUACAAAGGCCUAAAGUGUAAUUAUGGAAACGAUAUCACCAUCACCUGGGGUAUAUGUCGAGCAAAAUCUGAGGGACGAACAUGUGAGUAUAACAGCAAGGUGUACCAGAAUGGCGAGAGCUUUCACGUGGGAUGUAAACACCAGUGCACCUGCAUCAACGGUGCGGUAGGAUGCACUCCGCUGUGUGCCAACCAGGUGCCGCUAGCAACGCCUUCCUGUCCCUACCCGCGGCUGAUCAGGAUACCCGGACAGUGCUGCUUCAGCAUGGACUGCCAUAAGGGCAUCUUGCACCUCCCACCCAAACACAAGCCACUUCCACAAUACCACCAGCCAGAAAAUGACCUGCUGCCCGCCAGUAGGUUGGUUGAGAUUAAAUCCAGCAGCUGGAACAGCAAACAUGGAAACAAACACUUGCAUGCGUGGAACCACCUGAAGGAGAAAAAGUGUCCAAUCCAGACCAGUGACUGGUCCCGCUGCUCUCGUAGCUGUGGGAUGGGCGUGUCAUCUCGCAUCACUAACAACCCAGAAUGCAAGCUGAUGAGAGAGACAAGAAUCUGCACCAUAAGGCCAUGCAGCGGCUUUAUGGUUCCCGUGAAGAAAGGGAAGAUGUGCUCCCCAACCCAGAAAGCCCUGAAGCCCAUCAAGCUAUCCUAUGGAGAGUGCUGGAGCGUCCGCCUCUAUUGGCCCAAGUACUGCAGCGUGUGUACAGACGGACGCUGCUGCUCGCCACAUCGCACACGAACUCUACCAGUGACCUUCCUUUGCGCGGAUGGCGAGCGUUUACGGAAGUUGGCCAUGUUCAUCCAGUCAUGUAAAUGCCGAGAUGACUGCGGUCACCUCAAUGAAGUAGCCCUGCCGCAACAGCACUGGAAGUAUGGAGACAUACACAAAUUCAUCGACUAGACCCAUUUAUUCUGAUUUUUGAGGUCAACCCAUUGGGUAAAGCUGUCUGAAGGAGAAAUUUUACGACGAGGGGCCUUGCUGUUGUUGUCCCCCCCACAUCUGGCUCCAAGUGGAUAAUGACCACAUGCACCAAUUCUCACAACCAAGGCUGCAGACACAAACUGCUGCCAGUUUUAUUGGUAACUGUAAAGGCUAUCCUCGUUGCAGCGCAUGUGACUGGAAUGGACUUUAACAUGCACUCUCCUGUUCAGACACGGGACCUAAAUUUGAGUCCCCAAAGCAGGCCUGGCCUGGACAAUCACAGACCAGCACAAGAUGACACACUUGCACAGCAACAAUGCACUUUGUUCACCUAUAAGACAGCAGCGCCUGAAUGUACUGUGACCGCUUAACCCAGAAACAUUGCUGUGUCUGCACAAGAAGUGAUGAAAACAGACUGCAAAAGACUUAUUGUUGGUGAAAUUUCCUACAUAAAUCUGUUGUUGGAGAAUUUCUCAAAUGAACUUUCGACAUAGUUAUUUUUGAUUCAUUUUUAAUUACCUUAAUUCACCUUUUUUGUCAAAGCAAAACAAAACUCUUUACAUACGAUAUUGCCACUUCAAAUUGUUCUUUGUCAGUCCUCAUCCGUUAGGGGAAAAGUGUUUUAAAUGAUAUUGCCGCCCUCCACUGGCAGGAAUAAUUAUUUACAGUCCAGUGACAAAACAUUUGCACAUUACUGCAAUGUAUUUGUAUACUUAAACUAAAAUGGCCAAUUACACAAACUGAGGAAAAUUAAAUCCAAUGCAAUUAAAUAAGGUAUAAAAGUUUAUUUCUUUAACCAAAAAAAAAAAAA